AUUAGAGAUGGAAAACAAAAUAAAAUUACAUUAUUUUGUUUAGUUUCUUUUUUCAAAAUUGGAGUUCAAUAACUUUUUAUGGCACAAUGUUCAAAUCGAUUUGGCAUGGUGGAUAACGACAUGAUUGUUCUCGUCCUCUUGCAUGGACACCAGAAAGCUACUGUAUCUACUAAGAAGAAGCACGAGUCUGAAGCUUCUGAUCCAAGGAAAGCUUAUUCAUCAGAAGAUUCUGAGUUUAGGAUUACAAGAAAAUGGAGUCUUCUCCAAAAAUCUCAUAAACCUCUACCUCUCCUGCCGCCAGCUUAACUCUGCAAAUCUUGUUUUUGAUGCCAUUAAAGACCCACUAGACGUUUCUUUAUGGAAUUCCCUUUUGGCAGGUUACACCAAGAACUCCAUGUUCGUUGAAGCUCUGGAGCUUUUUGAGAGACUAUGGAAACACCCUGGUGUGACACCUGAUUUCUACACCUACCCAAGUGUGCUAAAGGCUUGUGGCGGGUUGGGAAGAGUUGGUUUGGGGAAGAUGAUUCAUACCCAUCUGGUUAAAAAUGGAGUUGGGUUUGAUGUUGUUGUUGCAAGCUCUUUGGUGGGGAUGUAUGGGAAAUGCGGUGUUUUUAUGAAUGCAUUGCAGGUGUUUGAUGAGAUGUCUGAACGAGAUGUGGCGUGUUGGAACACUGUAAUUUCUUGUUAUUAUCAGAGUGGGAAAGUAAAGGAAGCUUUGGAUAUUUUUGAGAAGAUGAGGGUUUCUGGGUUUGUGCCGAAUUCGAUGACGAUUACAACUGCAAUUUCUGCGUGUGCAAGGCUUUUCGAUUUGCAGAGAGGGGAAGAGAUUUAUAUGGAAUUUGUGAAAGAAGGGUUUGUGUUGUAUGAUGAUCAUGUUAGGUCGGCUCUUUUGGAUUUGUAUGGAAAAUGUGGUUGUUUAGAGAUGGGUAAAGUUGUUUUUAAGCAAAUCACAAGAAAGAAUUUGGUUGCUUGGAAUUCAAUGAUUGCCGGAUACGGUUUGAAAGGGGAUAGUAAAUCAUGCAUUGAGCUUUUGAAGAGAAUGAAUAAUGAAGGGACUAAACCUUCUCUAACUACAUUGACAAGUAUUUUAAUGGCUUGUUCAAGAUCAUCUCAAGUUCGACAUGGAAAAUUCAUACAUGGGUAUAUAAUCAGAAACAGAGUAGAAACAGAUACUUUCAUUAACAUUUCACUCAUUGAUUUCUAUUUCAAGUGUGGUAGAGUUCAGGCUGCUGUACAUAUCUUCAAGAAGACGCCAAAGAUGGAUGCAAUUUCAUGGAACGUUACGAUUUCCGGGUAUGUGACAAUGGGGAAUUAUUUCGAAGCUCUUGGCAUCUACAAUGACAUGAGAGAAGCUGGUGUUAGACCAGAUGCCAUAACUUUCUCUAGUGUGUUAUCAGCUUGUUCACAACUAGCUGCCUUAGAGAAAGGUAAAGAGAUUCACAGCUCUGUAAUUGAGAGUGAGUUGGAAAAUGAUGAGGUAGUGAUGGGAGCACUUCUUGACAUGUAUGCCAAAUGCGGGGAUGUUAACAAAGCACUGCAAACUUUCUAUAAAUUACCAGAAAGAGAUGCUGUGUCUUGGACUACCAUGAUUGCAGCGUAUGGGUCUCACGGCCAAGCCUUAGAAGCACUUACCCUUUUCCGGGACAUGCUAAAAUCCAAUUCCAAACCCGACCGAAUUACUUUCCUAGCAGUUUUAUCAGCAUGUAGUCACGGUGGUUUGGUCGAUGAAGGCUCU